AUGAUUAAAGAGUAUGCAUCGUAUAAAGAUUUAGUUGAUGAAGUUGCUAAUCAGAUUGGCGUAGAUUUGAGGUAUAACAGAUUAAAACUUAAGUAUAAAAUAAAAGGUAGCAUUGCAUCUUUGGAGAUACACAACGAGAUGGGAAUAGGGGUAUAUGUCUCAUUGAAGAAAGAAGUUCGAGAAUUCGCAAAGUAUCCCAUUUGUGUAAUUGUAUUUGUGAAUGAUCGUGACAUAAAUUAUAGAAAUCAUUAUGAAGAAGAUAUUGGCAUGUGUAUGAUAAACGGAAGAAGUUUUGAAAGUUGUAAGCCCAUAGUUGUAGUAGACGGAAGCCAUCUCAGGGGGACUUAUAAUGGCAUAUUUGUGUCUGCAAGCACAUUGGAUGGAGCAGGAAAUAUAUUGCCCCUAGCAUACGGUGUUAUUGAUUCGAAAAAUGAUGCAUCUUGGACUUGGUUGUUUGAACAGUUUAGAGAAGCUCAUGGUUUAAAGGAUAAAAUGUGUGUUGUAUCCGACAGAAACGAGAUUAUUAUAAAAUCAGUUUCGAGGAUAUACAAUAUACCACAUUAUGCUUGCACGUUUCAUCUUAGGAAGAACGUGAAGACACUUUACAAAAAGUCACAUGACAGUCUUUCAGAAGCGUUUUAUGCAAUGACAAAGGCAUACAAACUUUCUGAAUUUAAUGAACUGAUGAAAAAAGUAGAACAUGUUGAUAUUAGGGGGAAAAAUUAUUUGGAAUUGGCUGGUUAUGACAAAUGGGCAAGAGUGUAUGCACCAGUUGAUCAAGGCACUGUGAUGACCUCAAACAUAGUUGAAUGCAUAAAUGCAUGCCUUGUGGAAGCAGGAGAAUUACCUAUAUAUCAUUUUGUUGAGGAAAUUAGACAAAUGUUUGGUUGA